UUUAUCUAAAGGGAUAAUAUUCUUUUCCCUCUCUCCCCCCCACCCCCAUUAUUUUUCAUUUUCUCCUCUGAAAAUCUUCUGGUGUUGCAAACUUCACUGCUUUCAGCUUUGUGGAAUAAGAUAAAUUCUGGGUUUUUCCAGGUUAACAAAGGCAUCUUUGGGGGUGAUUUGAAGUUAUAUCUUGGAACAAUGAUGACGUUUGAUGAUAUGGGAAUUUGUGGGGAUAUGGAUUUCUUCAGUGCUCCCUUUGGAGAAAAAGAUGUGGCGGUGGCGGCCGGAGCCAUGGUGACUUCACAUUCCGAACCGGAGGCCUCGAUGGAAGAUGAUUAUAGUGAUGAGGAUAUUGAUGUGGAUGAACUUGAGAGGAGGAUGUGGAGGGACAAAUUGCGUCUCAAACAACUUAGAGAACAGAACAAGAGCAAGGAGGGGGUGGUCGAUGUUGCGAAACAGAGACAGUCUCAAGAACAGGCGAGGAAAAAGAAGAUGUCGAGAGCGCAUGAUGGGAUAUUGAAGUACAUGUUGAAGAUGAUGGAAGUGUGCAAGGCUCAAGGUUUUGUUUAUGGGAUAAUUCCGGAGAAAGGAAAGCCUGUGACUGGGGCAUCUGAUAAUCUUCGGGAAUGGUGGAAGGAUAAAGUUAGGUUUGAUCGUAAUGGUCCCGCUGCUGUCGCCAAGUACCAGGCUGAUAAUUCAAUUCCUGGCAACAAUGAUGGGUGUAACUCGACUGGUCCGACACCGCACACCUUGCAAGAACUUCAAGAUACAACGCUCGGUUCUCUUUUGUCUGCGCUGAUGCAGCAUUGCGAUCCUCCUCAGAGGCGAUUUCCUUUAGAGAAAGGUAUUCACCCGCCGUGGUGGCCUACUGGCAAUGAGGAAUGGUGGCCGCAUCUCAGAUUGCCUAAAGACCAAGGCCCUCCUCCUUAUAAGAAACCUCAUGACUUGAAGAAGGCUUUGAAAGUUGGGGUUCUCACUGCAGUAAUCAAACAUAUGUCUCCCGAUAUAGCCAAGAUUCGCAAGCUUGUGAGACAGUCCAAGUGUUUGCAGGACAAAAUGACUGCAAAGGAAAGUGCAACUUGGCUUGCUAUCAUUAACCAGGAGGAGGCCUUGGCUCGAGAGCUCUACCCCGAGUCCUGUCCACCUUUGUCCUCGGGUGAAAGAAGUGGGUCUUUGGUUAUAAACGACUGCAAUGAGUAUGAUAUUGAAGGGGCUGAAGACGAGCCAAACUUUGAUGUGCAAGAUGUUAAACCCGGGAAUCUUAAUUCGUCUGAUUUUGAGGUGGAUCGAAAGAGGAAACCAUGCAAUGAUUUAAACAUGAUGGAACACAAGAUCUACACUUGCCAGUUCCUCCAAUGUCCCUAUAGUGAAAUUCGAUUGGGUUUUCAUGACCGGACUGCCAGGGACAAUCAUCAAUUAACCUGUCCGUAUCGAAACGCCCCUGGACUGUUUGGUGGUUCAAAUUUCAAUGUUAAUGAAGUGAAACCAGUGAUUUUCCAUCACCCGUUUGCGCAAUCCAAACCAACCGCUUCUGAGGCAGCUACUUCCAUCCCAACAUUUGAUCUUUCAGAAUUUGGAGUUCCAGAAGAUGGGCAGAAAAUGAUCAGUGAACUCAUGUCAAUAUACGAUGACAACAUUCAAGGCAGCAAGAACAUGAACCUGAGUAACAAUCCUGUUACGGAAGGUCAAAAUAUUCUCCAGAAGAAGAUCCAACAGCAACAGGGUGAAUACUUUCACAGUCAAGGAGUUAUGAUGGAAGGAAACUUCUUCGAGGAAUCUGGCAUUCCCAACAAUCAUCAAAUGGUUCCACAAGGGGAAGGUCAAUUUGACCGGUUUAAGGGCUCAAAUUCUCCGUUCGAGGCCAACCAUAAUAACAGCAACUUCCCGUUGAUGUUUGGGUCUCCGUUCAAUCUGUCUUCUUUCGAUUACAAGGAAGAUGUUCAAGCAGUCGGGAUGGACAGGCAGGAUGUUUCAAUCUGGUUCCAGUAAAACAGCAACAGUAGCUGAAACUUUCUUUUACUUGUGUAUUGUUUUUAUCCUCCUUGUGUGUGCUGUAGAAGUUUAGCAAGUAAAGUAGCACUUCAUAUGGGCCUCAAUAAAAACAUGGAAAGAGCCCCAUGAUCCUGCUACUUUUUACAUAGAAUAUCCCUGUCUCAUAAAUAAGUUGUCGUUUAGGUGUAUUGUCU